AUGAAUCCUCUCGAAGUCAUCAAGUCACAGCUGAGUGGUUUUCAGUAUGAACACUUCCUGUUUGACCGUCAUAAUAACCCCCAGGUGUUCCAGAGGAGGAUGGACGGCUCGGUGAACUUCUACAGGCCCUGGGAUCAAUACAAGACGGGCUUUGGUAGCGCUGCUGGAGAGUACUGGCUGGGCCUGGAGAAUCUCUUCCAUCUGACUCAGAGGAAAAGGUUUGAGCUUCGUGUCGACAUGGAGGACUUCAGUGGGAACAAAGCGUUUGCUCGUUACUCCUCGUUCUCCAUCGAAUCAGAGUCCCACGGAUACAGUCUGCAAGUGUCUGGAUUCACUGAUGGAGGAGCAGGAGACUCCCUGACUUAUCACAGCGGACAGAAGUUCUCCACCUUCGACAAAGACCAGGACUCCACCAGUGCUAACUGUGCCAGAUCACACCUGGGGGCGUUCUGGUACAAAGGGUGUCACUAUGCAAACCUCAACGGGGUUUAUCGCUGGGGGGCUGAUAGCACGAUCUAUGCUGUAGGAGUGGACUGGCAGCACUGGAAGGGUUAUAACUACUCACUGAAAACUGUCAGCAUGAAGAUCCGUCCUGUGCAGGGUUAG